AUGUAUUUAUAUAAUACACCAACAAAACUGUGUUCUUUUGCGCUAGUAAUUAUACUUGUUUUUUAUACCUAUAACCAGUUUUCACAAUUUUCUGGCUCGAUUGAUAAACCAAAUAUUAAUGUCCGUAGACAAAACUCGAAAAAAGCAUUAAGUGAGAUACAAAAUAUUAAGAUUAUUGUAAGAGUUUGCAGUUUAUAUCCUAUAAACUGUACUUACAAUAAUAAUGAAUGUGAAUCAAAUGAGUACGUUGAACGUCGAAAUAUUCCUGAUUGUAAUAACUAUUAUGCUUUGAACUUCCAAGAAAAGGUGGAGAUAAAGAUAACUCCUUUUAUUAAUGAUAUUUAUUUUCAUGGAAUAGUAAUAGAUAAUAAAUUUUAUGCAUCAUUAUUUAAUAAAUCUAAUUCUUUAUAUAUUGUAAAUGAUCAAAUUAAUGUUAUAUAUUAUUCAUUUACAAUUAGCGAACGUAUAGUUAGUGAUUAUGUAUAUGGUCUUGCAGGUGGAGGGGAACAAGAGUUCGCUGAUUUUUUUGUAUAUACAGAUCAUAUAGUAUCUUUAAAUACUCUAAACGCAACAACGCUUGUAUUAAUGCCAACAUCAAUGGAUAUUAAUUAUCAAGAGGAAUCUUAUUAUGAUCUUAGCUCGAUUAUAUCAAAUGUCGGUGGAUUCUUUAGUUCUUUAUCUGGAUUCUAUGUACUUUUAUUUGGAGCAACUAAAUUGGCACCGUGGGGAUUUUUGCAAACUUAUGUAUUUAGUUGCCUAUGCACAAGAUAUCAAAGGAAACUUAUAAGAAAACUUCAAAUUAAAUAUGAACCAAUUCCAUUCGUUAGUGGAAGGACAAAAAACAUCACAUUGGAAGAACGUGUCCAAAGUAUCGAAAAUAUACUUAAAGAGUAUUAUCUUGAUACUGAUUUUUUGAAUUUAUUAUUAACAAAAUAUAAUAAAAUAGAUGAUAAUAAUAUCGAUGACAAUAGUAUCGAUGAUAAAGUCUAA